AUGAGGCUUGUAGUGAAGCCCUUGGCGCGCGAGCUGUGGCCCGAAUGGGUAGACCCAACAGAUUGUGAUGAAACUUACGGUUUCGUGGUCCGUUACAGGAUUGGUGAGGACGUUGAGCUUGCUGAGCACGCGGACACAUCCAACGUAACCUUGAAUGUAUGUCUCGGUAAAGAGUUCACUGGCGGUGAGCUUUACUUCAAAGGAGUUCGUUUCACACCAUCGCAGGAUGAUCACCAGGAGCGCCCAGUCUUUCACAGUCGUGGAUCUGCCAUAGUCUCAGUUUUUCAUAACAACUUCAGGCAGUUUGCUUACAUGUCAGAAGUCGCGAAGGCUAGCAGGUGGGCAGGGGUCGGAAUUGAUCUACCGCCAUCAAAUGCAUCGCCACCGUCACCACCACCGUUAUCAUCGUUAUACUAA